AUGAGGUCUCCCGUCCAAGGAAAGUCGCUAUUUCUCUACACUGCCUUCAGUGAUACCGCCGUCGGGGCUUUGCUCGCUCAAGAAGACGAUGAGGGAAUCGAACGUCCCAUAUACUAUUUUAGUCGAAUAUUGAGAGAUGCUGAACUCAGAUAUCCCAAAGCAGAGAAAGCGUGUUUAGCUCUAAUCCAUUCCAUUCAGAAGUUCAGUUGGGGACUGGACAUUAUUGGGAAAAUCAAUCCGCCAUCAUCAAAGCAGCAUGAGUAUAUCAUAACCGCGACAGAGUAUUUCACUAAGUGGCUGGAGGCUAUUCCUCUGCGAGGAACAACAGGAGCAACAAUUGCGGAUUUCAUCAAAGAGUAUAUCAUUUGCCGUUUUGGUGUGCUUAAGCAUAUUAUCACCGAUAACGACACUCCCUUCGCCAACAAACAGGUACGAGAGUUACUUGAAGAAUAUGGAAUUAAGCAGGUCUUCUCCACUAUCUAUUAUCCUCAAGGAAACAGACAAGCUGAGAGUACCAACAAGACGUUAAUCCGAUUCUCAGUCGAACAGUACAUGACAAUCCUAGAGAGUGGCAUGACCAAUUGCCGAUGGGCAUAUCAGACGUCACCUAGAAGCUCCAUUGGAGUUUCUCCGUAUUCACUUGUUUACGGUGCGGACGCAAUCCUCCCAGCAGAAAUCAAAAUCCCAUCAUCCAGGAUCGUAGCGGCAAGCGGGAUCCACUGGAAUGAGGCUGAAGCAUCUAACUCCAGAAUAGCUGAGUUAGACACUUUGGAUUUCAGAAGAAGCAAAGCAGAGGAACGCACUCAAAUUUACAAAAAUAGGAUUUCCAGAGCCUAUGACAAGACGGUGGAACCACGUGUUUUCAAAGUAGGGGAUUUGGUCUUGAAGACGGCCAAGCACAUUCAUCAAGACAUGUCUGCACCAAAGUUCUCCCCGAAAUGGGAAGGUCCUUAUACAAUUACUAAGGCUUACAAUACCGGCUACUACAAGAUCAUUAAGGUAGAUGUGGGCAAGCUGGAAGCAGUCAUCAACGGAAAGUGGCUCAAGGCAUAUCACGCAUGA